AUGGAAGUGCCGGCGAAGGUGAAGAUUCGAGGAACCCCCGGGUGUGAGUUGUUGCGGCAUGUUGAGUCGGUAGAUCCUCGUGCGGCUGAAGGUCUUCGACGGAAGAAAUCCGAUGUGCCUUUGGACUUGGAUGUGCUGCUGGAAGAAGAGACUCGACGCUCGAUUACGGAUCCAUACCAACGUCUACUCUUUGAGGUGAAAGUGCUGCAUCGAAAAGGGAAUUUCAAAAGUUCAGAGGGAGAAGAAAUAGUUCAACGUGUGCGAGACAUCGCCAAUGGCGGCAAGAAGGUGCUGGAUCUCUCAGGAUUUAUCCUUUUCGAUGACUUCGUAGAUCUUUUAGUACCGUAUUUGCGAUCAAAGACAUGCAAACUGGUAGCUCUAAAGCUAUCAGGAACACCACUUGGGGGUCAAGCAGCGAUUAACAUCGCACAGGCCACGAAUAAAACCUUACAGACGCUGCACUUCUCCGAUAACCCGAUUCCAGUCGAGGCAAUCCGGCUUCAGGCAACACAAAGUGGACAUGUGAUUCUCUCUGGACAUAACUUUAGCCACUUGGACGCCGCAGCAAUUGGAGUAUUAGUGGAACGAGAGCGCAAGCAGAUUCAGAAAUUGGAUUUGUCUGGUAACUCACUGACUGGGCCAAAAGCGAACAUUUUCCAUGGGAUUACUUCCAUUUUCGAGUGUCUAAAAAAGUGUCGACAUCUCCAGGAGCUUCAUCUCAGUGGUGCAAAUCUGAGGUCAGACGGCCUGGUGGCCUUUGCUAAUGCCAUUCAAGACUUUCCUGCACUGGAGAAGCUCGAUCUAAGUCGAAACAGAAUGGUGUACAACAGCACCAAUGAAAAGCGUUUAUCUGGAGUUGAAUCGCUGUGCAACGCACUGUGGCGAGUCCACACACUCCGUGAACUCAGCUUAUCGGACUGCCAGAUCAGCUGCGAAGGCUUGCAAGAAGUAGCUUCAAUGUUACGCAAGUUUAACAGCACACUCCGAACGAUCGAUAUCACGGAUAACCCAGACGUGCGGUCGCAGGGAUAUCGAAACCUUGUCAAGUGUAUAUCGACCAACCACACGCUCACUGAGGUUAUCGUGAAUCCUACUUCAAGAUACGAGAGAUAUGCGAGCAAGACUCAAGAGUUUCUAGCUGUGAAUGUGCUGCUCAACGCUGUGCGAACGAAUCCUAAGCGCUUUACUGGAUUCCCUGCACUAAACGAGACCCAGCGCACAAACUUUGUCAACAAACUGGAGAGAUUUAGUGAAAGUGAGCUCCGACAACUUCGCGAAGAACAGAUCGUGGAAAAGGCCGCAAUAUUCUCGGACGAAAAGGAUGCAGCGGGGCUUUCGACACUUCGUCACUACGCCGCAAAGGAGCAACGACGAGGAUAUUUGGGACUACCCACUAGUUUAGGUGUAACCACAAGGAAAACGGUUGCUAACGGACGCCACUACGCGCCGGACACUUCACUUCGCCUUAUUCUCUCGUCGUCUCCAUACCUCAUGGAUUUAAAACCUGGGCCGGUCACGCGUGUGUGUCAUGUCUGUGGUCGUCAGUAUGGGUUGUCGUCCUUUGAGAUCCACUUGAAGCAGUGCAAGAAACUUUGGGUCCAGCAGGAAGAGCAAAAACCCAAGAAUGAGCGUCGACCAAUCCCGAAGACUCCUCCUAAACUCGGCCAAGGCGGCGAGGACACUAGCAAAGGAAUGAGCCGGCAGGAACUCGAGGCUCUCAACCAAGCUGCACAAGAAGCGUACAACGUCCACGGCAUGGAGAAGUGCGAUUUCUGCGGACGAACUUUCGCUGAAGGUCGACUCGCCAUUCACAACAAGAGUUGUCGAGCUGAUAAUGUCAGCAAGAAAAGUGCGGACGGCGCAGCUCCGAGGAACAAGAAAGAGGUUCAAGUCCGUCCAAGCCGACAACCGCUGCGAGUACUGGAGGAGGGCGUGCGCUAG